CAUUCCUCCCCUACCCUCAGCCCUCAUCCCCUCUACCCCGAUCUCCGCCUCGGAGCGCUCUCUCUCCCCCCUCCCCUUCUCCUCUUCCGAAUCCUCGCCAUGCGCUUCGUGGAUUGAUUGAUGACUCACGCAAAGCGGCCCUUCUCCAGCGGCAGCAGCGGCGGCGGCAGCACCACCCACGGCAGCAGCUCAUCCGGCGGACUCAUCGGAAGCCCCCUCUCCCCCUCCGUCACCACCUCCUCCUCCAUGAAGAAGGCCAAGUGCCAGCCGGCCGCCGCCGCCGCCGCCGCCGCCGUCUCCGUCGAGAGGGAGAAGAAUGGUCUCCAUGUCCAUCCCACCCGCUACGACCCUGCCGCCGCCCAGUCCGCCGAGGAGGAGGAUUCCAUGCUCUUGGACCAGGAGGACCUUAAGGCGGGCGCAUCCACUGCCAUCACGACCACCGGCGUCGCCGCCAACCUCUCCAGGAAGAAGGCCACCCCUCCUCAGCCGUCGACUAAGAAGCAGCUAGUGAUCAAGCUCGUUAAAGGUAAGCCAACUCUGCCAACAAAUUUUGAAGAGGAUACAUGGGCAACAUUGAAGUCUGCUAUUACAGCUAUAUUUUUGAAGCAGCCAGAUCCAUGCGACUCUGAAAAGCUUUAUCAGGCUGUCAGUGAUCUUUGCCUACACAAGAUGGGAGGAAAUCUUUAUCAACGUAUCCAGAAGGAAUGUGAAGUACAUAUUUCGGCAACACUAUCCUCAUUGGUUGGCCAGAGCCCUGACUUGGUUGUAUUUUUAUCAUUGGUAGAAAAAUGCUGGCAGGAUUUUUGUGACCAGAUCUUGAUGAUACGUGGUAUAGCCUUAUAUCUUGAUAGAACUUAUGUCAAGCAAACCCCAAAUGUUCGGUCAUUGUGGGACAUGGGGUUGCAAUUGUUUCGGAAGCAUCUCUCUUUAUGUUCUGAAGUUGAACAUAAGAUUGUCACUGGCCUUUUGAGGUUAAUUGAGAGGGAAAGAUUAGGUGAAGCUAUCGAUAGGACACUGCUCAGUCAUCUUUUAAAGAUGUUCACGGCUCUUGGAAUUUACACAGAGAGCUUUGAAAAGCCCUUUCUGGAAUGCACUUCUGAGUUUUAUGCUGCUGAAGGUGUGAAAUAUAUGCAACAAUCAGAUGUUCCAGACUAUUUGAAGCAUGUGGAGUCAAGGCUACAUGAGGAACAUGAAAGAUGCUUGCUCUACUUAGAUGCAAAUACGAGGAAGCCCCUUGUAGCAACUGCUGAAAAGCAACUCCUUGAGCGACACACAUCUGCAAUUCUUGACAAGGGAUUUACAAUGCUCAUGGAAGCAAAUCGAGUCAACGACCUUCAGAGAAUGUACAUGCUCUUUCAGAGGGUUAAUGCUCUGGAGUUGUUAAGACAAGCUCUUAGCUCGUAUGUUCGGGGUUCUGGGCAAGGUAUUAUUAUGGAUGAAGAGAAAGACAAAGAUUUGGUUUCCUAUCUCUUAGAGUUUAAAGCAUCUCUUGAUACAAUUUGGGAAGAAAGUUUCUUCAGAAAUGAAGCUUUUUCAAAUACUAUAAAGGAUUCAUUUGAGCAUCUCAUUAACCUUCGUCAGAAUAGGCCAGCUGAACUGAUCGCAAAAUUUCUGGAUGAGAAGCUUCGUGCUGGCAACAAGGGUACAUCUGAAGAAGAAUUAGAGGGUACACUUGAUAAAGUGUUGGUUUUGUUUAGGUUUAUUCAAGGAAAAGAUGUCUUUGAGGCAUUCUAUAAAAAGGAUCUUGCAAAAAGAUUAUUGUUGGGAAAAAGUGCAUCAAUUGAUGCUGAAAAGUCAAUGAUAUCUAAGCUCAAAACUGAGUGUGGAAGUCAAUUCACAAAUAAACUUGAAGGAAUGUUCAAGGACAUUGAGUUAUCGAAAGAGAUUAAUGAUUCGUUUAAGCAAUCAUCUCAAGCCAGGACAAAACUUCCAACUGGUAUUGAAAUGAGUGUUCAUGUCCUUACGACUGGGUAUUGGCCAACAUAUCCCCCUAUGGAUGUUCGGCUUCCACAUGAACUGAAUGUUUAUCAGGAUAUAUUUAAGGAGUUCUAUUUGAGUAAGUACAGUGGGAGGCGCUUAAUGUGGCAAAAUUCAUUAGGUCAAUGUGUUUUAAAAGCAGAAUUUCCAAAAGGUAAAAAGGAAUUGGCGGUGUCAUUGUUCCAGACUGUUGUAUUGAUGCUGUUCAAUGACACUCAAAAGCUCAGUUUCCAAGAUAUUAAGGACUCAACUGGCAUUGACGAUAAAGAGCUGAGAAGGACUUUGCAGUCACUUGCAUGUGGCAAAGUCCGAGUUCUCCAAAAGAUCCCAAAAGGAAGGGAAGUAGAGGAUGAUGACUCAUUUGUAUUUAAUGAAGAAUUCAGUGCUCCUCUCUACCGCAUUAAGGUAAGGUUUUCACUGUUGAAAUCAGUACUGUGGAAUUUCAAGCAUGUAACUAGAGCUAACAUGUCAUGUUACCAGGUAAAUGCAAUUCAAAUGAAGGAGACGGUGGAAGAGAACACCAGCACCACUGAAAGAGUAUUCCAAGACCGUCAAUAUCAGGUUGAUGCGGCUAUUGUCCGUAUCAUGAAGACAAGAAAAGUACUAAGCCACACGCUUCUAAUAACUGAGCUCUUUCAGCAGCUCAAAUUUCCUAUAAAACCAGCAGACUUGAAGAAAAGGAUAGAGAGCCUCAUCGACAGGGAAUACCUGGAGCGGGACAAGAACAAUCCUCAGAUCUACAAUUACCUGGCUUGACCCCCUUUGCACCCUAAAGUAACCUCUUCUGGCAGCAAAUUAGUCCCAAGGUCAUGCAUGCUUGGGGGGCUGGUUUUAGCAAUCUCUUGAUGUCAACCAUGUACAGGAAACUCUAGCCAUCUUUUUCUUUUUGUUCCAAAUAACACCUCCGUACUGUAAAGUAUCAAGUUCCACUUCCGUUUCUUCAUCUUGUUGUGGAAUUAAUCAAUUAUAAUUUUUUGUUUUUAAAACGCUCCUUCCCAUGUGCUACAGAAAUCUUGAUACAUCCUGUUGUUGAUAAAAAUGAAAACCUGUCGACAAUGCUUUUAUU